AUGCCGAUGUUCAUGCGCCGAAGUAGACGCGAUUUUCUGAUGCAACAAAACACUAACUAUCCGAGAAAAAAGGGCACCAGGGCCGUGAAUCGGUCCUCUACCGCGUGUGUGGCUUGUCGCAAGCGCAAGUCGAAGUGCGAUGGCAAUCCGAACGAUCCAAAUACUCGAUGUUCAGUCUGCCAAAGACUCAAUAUCGAGUGCGGGUUCGUCCUGAACGACGCUCGGAAAUGGCCUUCGUCGAAAUCCUAUGUCCAGGAACUGCAAGGGCGGAUUUCAAAGCUUGAAGAGAAGCUUCGUUCCUAUGAGGGAGAGUACUGCGACCCGCACAGCUCAACUCCUCGUACAGUCGCCCCUCGCAGCCCUAGUCACCUUGUCUCGGAAUACUCGCCAUCUCCUGCCCCCAGCCGCAACGUACUACAUGAGGUCGCGGGAUCUCCGGUGGAAGAUUAUUCUAUCCCAUUGACCGAACAACCAGUGUCGACUGGUCUCCCGCGAAAAAGCGACCUGGACUGUGUGGCGGAAAGCCCUGCACCAGCAUCCGGGGUGUUCAAACGCCCAGCUGAGGGCGAUACUGCUAAAUCUAGCCGUGACGAUGUUUUCAAGAAAUUUAAUGGCUGGGCGGGCCAUUUGAAAAUGGAUGCGGAUGGCCUUACGCGCUAUUAUGGCGUAACUUCCGACCAUCAUACCGCAUUUGAAUCCGACACGGCAUCAGAAUCAACACCCACCGAAACCUCAAGCAGCUUCUCCAGCGAGCUGUCGGGAUACGGCUGCUUUCAGGAUUAUCUCCUGGAGCUCUUCUGGCAAUAUCCCCAUUCAUUUCUGCGCAUCUACGACCGGGAACUGUUCAUGGAGGGAGUACGCAAGGGCCGAAAGACGCACUAUUUCUCACCCUUCCUCCUAAACUGUAUUAUUUUGCGCUCGCUGCCACUGACUGACAACCCAUUGGUAAAAAGGCUGGAGCCAGCCUUGUUCGAUCGGGCAAAGCAACAUCUAUUGACUGAGCUGGAGCGCCCUGAUCAUAACACUGUACUGGGGUUGCUGUUUCUCUCGGCUUGCCUUUCAGGUCAACUCAAGAGUGGCUUAGGGUGGACGUACGUCGGCAUUGCUUGCAGACUGGUCUUUGCAUUAGGUCUGCAUCAAGACUUGACGCCUCUACUUAAGACCGGUGAAGCCACCCGCAGAGAGCUGGAGUACCGUCAAAUGAUAUUCUGGGGCGCCGUUGUUAACGACAGUCUAUGGAGUGUCUCCUUUGGACGACCAAGCUGUAUCAGACCACAUGAUAUUAGCUGUCCUCCAAUUUCCCCUCUCCAUACCUCGCCGGACAUGGCUUUGCUUGCGGCUUGGGCAGCCUUGUGCCAGGUCCAGGUGAAUAUUACUGACUUAUAUAACGGCCCUCGGACUAAAUUGUACACCGAGGAUAUGAUCCAAUUUGUAUCUGAACUGGACCAGACGCUGUGGAGAUGGCACUCUGAGUUGUCGGAUGAUCUCAGCUUCAGUCACAAUCAGGACGCUAGAAAGCCACCUGCUGUUUACGUCUUACAUAUGACGUAUCUCGCCUGCCUAAUUGUUCUAUACCGGCCGCUCGUUGCCUUCGAGGGCAAUCGCUCGUGUCUUACCUGGCCCGAACUCCCGAAUGGGCGAGGCAGACAUGACGGGGUAUCGUCAAUUUGUCGAAGCAAAUGCCGAUCCGCAGCCCUGGAAAUGAGCCAGGUGUUGAAAGCCUACAUCGACCGCUUUGUUCCCAAACAAUUCCCCAUUAUCUUCGGGCGGAUGUCCUUCAUCGCUGCUACCACGCUAAUCUUCGACAUCUUGACGGCCGAAAAGGGUCACCAUGAAGAACUUAUAGAAGACCGAGAUAGUUUGAAGACGUGUAUCUACAUUCUUGAUUUGAUGGAAGAUCACUUCCCGUCUUUAAAAUACACAAAGGGUAUUCUGUUGAAGAUCAUGAACCGCAACGCGAUUUUUCUGGACGAAAAUGGCCCCGAACAGACCUCAAACCCCAUAAACAGCCAUGGCGAGACGUGGAUGGACUACGCAAGCUUGCCUGAAAUUGAUUGGCCUACGGAUUUGGACUGGUUCCUUUCUGCUUCGUCAUCUGAGGGCCCUCUCAGAGGGCUGAGACAAGAUUCUGGCACGGACGGAAAUGAUCCUAGUUUCCUCAACCUGAGUGUUGACCAGAUCCUUUCCGGUGUUGAUUUCCCGGGAAUUACACCUUCGGCGUCUUCAAUGCAGUAUAGUCUGCCUUUUCAAGAGUUUGGCGGUUUCACUUGA